AUGGCUCGUAAGAACAAUUCCAGGAACGUUACGCGACUUCGAACCAAACGCGUCCAGACAGAGGAUAUCGGAAGCUCUGUGAUGGUCACACGACCACCUGAAUCAGAAACCCCUUUCCUUGUAAACGACGAAAAGUUCGUCCUGCCAGCUCUUCUUACCCAUUCUUCUGUAUUUACAGCUGUUAUUGGAGACAUAGAUGUGGGCACCUUGUUUACGGAGCGCCACAGAACCACAAUCCAGUUUCAGGAACUGUCGAAUACGCAAGUCCAGGAUAAGUCGCUCUGGGAUACUCUUGCUAGAUGGGACGGCUUCCGAGACUCUGAGUAUGAGCAUUCCUGA